ACUCAUUUUGGUACAAAUUUUCUUGGGCCUACCCUUUCCACUGAGAAGCCGGUUCCUAGAUGUAUCCCUAAAAAUAUUUUUAGGAGGUUAUGUUUAUAUGUUAGCUUAAAAUGAGCUUUCAAAUGUUUCAUCGCUACCGGAACUCGAUUACCACUUUUAUUAGAGAUGUCUAAACUCGGAUUUCUUUGCUCGUACCAACAGGGACAAGAGUACCUAAAAAAACAUUAAAGGACCUUUUGGCGGGAUUUCAUCGAGUGCGGUUGGCGAAAAUAAAAUUGGUAUGAUUUUGUGUAACAACCAUCUGCGCAACUGAAGAAUUAGUAGAAUCUUUAAAAUAUCCGCUAUUCCGGUCGCUAUAAAGAAGCUUACCGGAAAAGCCAACUCGAUACAUUUCGUGGCAAACACAGCUCCAAGAAACAUUAGAAUGAGUCACACCGACAUUCUAAAUUCUAAUGUAAAAAAAACGAAAAUUAAUUAAACUAAAUACUUGGCUGUAUGGACAUUGUUCCCUUUGCCUUCCUUGAAGAGGUGAAUUUAAAAAAAACAUUGUCAAUGUCAAAGAGACAAUUAAGGAAAUUUUUACUUGACAUUGGCUGAACGCACAAACCGUGCAUGCCAUAAAAAAGAAGAAAUAAGGAAUUGUAAAUGUAAACUUUCUAAGCCAUCACUGAAGAAAUCUUAUCUACCAUUUCUAAAUAAUAAGAAUAAAUAAUCUAUUAACUUUAUAAACAUCUGUAAUCUGUUGAUACUGAAUUUCUAUAAAGUAUUUUUGGCUUAUCAGAAAAAAUAUGGAAAAACUUUCACCAUUUCAUCCAAAAAUUAUGAGUAAAGCAAGAACAGCUGGAGAUGGCAUGGAAUCCGAUGAAUCUACACAAGAACCAGGGCAAAAGAUAAACCCAAAAAAGAAAACUUCAACUGUCGACAAAAGCACUUCACUUUCAGGAAGACUCAUACAAGUAUAUCCUACAAAUAUAGUCCGUUCGGAAAGGAAGAAGUCAAUAAAUUCAAAAAGUCCAAAAUUUGUGCCUUAUGAACCAUAUGCAGGUGCUGUUAAGCCCAUGACCCCUCAAACUGUUUCAAAAGGCAUUAAAAAGUCUAGAAAUAACAUGGAUAUUAACAUACUCAUAUCUCAAAUGGCACAAAUGAAUACAAAUUUGAAUGAGUUCAAACCUCGGCAAAAAUUGUACUCUAACAGUGAUAAAACAACUUCCGAAGUUGUAAAAGAAUGCCCUGAAAAAGACAAGCUGCAAAACAAGAUUGAUUUACUAGUAAAAGAAAAUGAGUCAUUAAAGGAACAACUAAAACAACAAGUUCAGGUCAAUAAAGAACUGAAAACUAUGUUGGUUGCAUCUAUGGGAGAAGAUUUAGAGACUCAAGUUCAGUCUCUAAAUGAGGACAAGAAACAUUUAGCCAAUGCUUUACUUAAUUCUGCUCAACACCUCUCCACACAUCAGGAACAAACAGAAUGGUUGGCCGGCCAGUGUGAAGUUUGGCGAAGCAAAUUCCUCGCAUCCAGCCUAAUGGUGGAGGAGCUAGCAAAUUGUAAGAAAUUACUAACAGAGAAGACUGAAAAUCUACAGCAAGCGGUAAAAAAGUUAUUAGAUGAAAGAUGUAGAGCAAGAGACAUGAUGUUAUGUACCUAUCGCAACUUAUACAGCCUUCAUGAAAAAUUUCUUGAGAAUAUUGCAAUCUCAGAGUAUAUGGGUUCAAACAAACUGUACAAUCGGCCCAUAGGCAAUUUGAACUUUAAUGUGACUAUGCCACAUUCUACUAACAUUUUGGACAUGGCAUCAGUAAAUCUGAAAUUGUCAGAAAACAUAAGCAGCAAUGUGGAGAAGCAGGAUAUAAGUCACUUAGAUGAUUUGAUGACUAUAACUGAAGGCGAGAAAAAUGCUGAAAAUAUAAUGGCAAUGCCCCUGGUAGUUAAAAGGAUGAAUGAUGACUCUUUGAAUGCUUUAGUUCACCAUGCGUACAGCAAUAGUGGUACUACUGCACGGCCAGUUGCCUCCUGCGUUCAUUGCACUGGUAGGGUUCAGUUACUAUAAUACAAUCAUUUUUGAACAAUAAAAAAAAAUACAAAAUAAGUAUAGGUAUUACUCGGAAACUGAUUCAUAUUUUAUUUUGAUGUAUUUUCAUUUAAAAUAUUAUUAACUUAUUAUAUCUUGGAAAAAAACAAUUUGUGAUUAUCAUCAACUUGUAUAAUUUGAUGAAGCAAAUAAUAGGUAUGUGUAUAUUCUGAUAUCAGCGGUAAACUCUGAUCAUGGCUUUAUCAUUUGAUGGUUAAUUCAAGUUUAUCAGAAGAAGGGAAACAAUAAAAACCAUAUAGAAAGAAGAUCAAGGGCCUGUGGUUGAUAUCAUAUUAGUCACCCUAUUGUGGUAUGACUACAUGUACAUAGUGGUAUACCGUGUUCCUACCAGUAGGAAAAACCAACCAUGGGCCCUCUAUCAGAAACAACUCUAUUAGAGCAUAUAAGUAUACUUUGAUGAAAAAGUCUAGGACACAGAAUAAAAUGCAAGGUAUGGUCGUUACUGUUUCUUCCUCAAAUAACUCAAAAUAUUUAGAGUAAAAGAAAAUGUAGAUUUCGCCAACUAAUGCAUUUGCACACAUAGGCAGUCAUGCAAAGGAUGACUGUCCGGCUAAGUAGGGUAGUUUCAUAACUAUUGCAGGUGCAGGUGGUUGUGGGACUUCAAUGUAAACAAGUGGAGUAAAAGUAAAAAAUAUGUAUUUAUUCAAAUUCAUAUUAAGUGUAAUUUAGUAGGUACAAACACUUAUUCACUUUAUUGAUAAAGUCUAUGUCAUUUGUAAGCAAUAUUGUGCAUUUGGUUGAUGGUAGAUUCAGUUAAUAUAAUUUAACAAUCUCUAUUCCAAUGUUAUGGUGCUAUGUAAAUAUUAUUUAUUUGUUAUUUUUAAGUUAGAUAAUCAAAAUGGUGUAUCAUAUAAAAUAAAGUUUAUUCAAGUUCCAUUACCCUUUUUUUAUUAAUUGGAUCUAGGUCAUGCACGUGUAAAGUGAUAGUAAUAAAGUAAAUGGUAUGCACUUAUUGGGACGUUUACCAAUAAUAUAUUCUAAUUCUGAGUUUCUCCACUCGAGCGCGUCAAAAAACAGUAAUUUUCUACUAUUCAAAAACUAUUUUCAAUAAACAUUUUUGAUAAUAUGUUGAGUUUGACUGCUUUGGUAUAAAAUUGUUUUGUGUCACUGAUUAGUUUGCUGUCAGUACCUAAAUAAUUGUUUUCGUCUACGUCAUGCUCGUGACUUGAGUCUGUUGUGCGUGUUGGAGCAUUUCCAAUCCGGUGUAGUUGUACGCCAAGUAAUCCCUCACCGGUAUGUAUUUGGCGCCUCCAAACCAGUCGAUCAUGGCGAUCUGUGCGAUUUUCAGCUUUGCCACGAACCAGUUGUGG